AUGGCUCAUCUCUUCAGGGACCUCUCAUUGGGCCACUCCAAGCGAGACACAACGCCGCCGCCACCACAGCCCAUAAUGCCUCCAAAACCCUCCGCCCUUUCUGCCGUCGACGACCUCCCUUCUCCGCUCGGCCAACUUGCUGUCAACCUCUCCGAUUCUGACCUCUCCCUAACCGCCUUCGAGAUCUUUGUCGCCGCCUGCCGCACCUCCUCCGGCAAGCCUCUGAGUUCCGUCCCCAACCACUCCUCCGCCAAUUCGCCCGGUCAGAACUCGCCGAACUCGCCCGCACUCCAGCGAUCCAUUACCUCUACGGCUGCCAGUAAGGUUAAGAAGGCCUUCGGCUUGAAAUCACCUGGUUCGGGCUCCAGAAAGAGCCCUGGCUCCGGUUCGGCCUCCGGUUCGGGCCAGGGAAAGCCGAAGCGGCCACUAACUGUUGGGGAACUCAUGCGUAACCAGAUGAGGGUUUCCGAAGCCAUGGAUUCGCGCGUCAGACGCGCGCUUCUCAGGAUUUCGGCUGGCCAGGUUGGAAGAAGGAUUGAGUCUGUAGUGGUUCCGCUUGAGUUACUGCAGCAACUCAAGGCUUCGGAUUUUACUGAUCAGCAAGAGUAUGUUGAGUGGCAGAAAAGAACCUUGAAGGUUCUCGAGGCUGGCUUGAUUUUGCAUCCUCACAUGCCCUUGGAUAAGUCGAAUUCUUCGGCACAGCGUCUGCGGCAGAUUAUUCACGCUGCACUGGAUAAGCCUAUAGAAACCGGGAAGAAUACUGAGUCUAUGCAGGUUCUUCGUAGUGCUGUCAUGUCUCUUGCAAAUAGGUCGUAUGAUGGUUAUGCUGAUUCAUGUCACUGGGCAGAUGGGAUUCCUCUGAAUCUGCGGCUUUAUGAAAUGCUUUUGCAAUCCUGCUUUGAUGCUAAUGAUGAAUCAUCGAUUAUUGAGGAAUUUGAUGAGCUGAUGGACCAAAUCAAGAAGACCUGGGGUAUCCUUGGGUUGAAUCAGACGUUGCAUAAUCUUUGUUUCACUUGGGUUUUGUUUCACCGAUUCGUUGUGACUGGCCAGGUGGAUCUGGAACUGCUGUCUGCUGCUGACGGACACCUGGCAGAAGUUGCAAACGAUGCAAAGACAACAAAAGAUGCAGAAUAUUCCAAAGUGUUGAGUUCUACGUUGACUUCAAUAUUGGGGUGGGCUGAGAAAAGGCUCCUUGCAUAUCAUGAAACUUUUGAUCGGGGAAAUGUUGAAACCAUGCAGGGCAUAGUCUCUUUAGGGGUAGCAGCAGCUAAGAUUUUGGUUGAGGAUAUAUCCAAUGAGUAUCGCCGGAGGAGAAGAAAUGAAGUCAAUGUGGCGCGUGAAAGAAUUGAAACCUACAUCAGGUCAUCACUACGCACUGCUUUUGCCCAGAUAAUGGAGAAGGCAGACUCCAGCAGGAGAGCAUCCAAAAAUCAGCCAAAUGCUCUCCCUGUCCUGGCCAUUCUUGCAAAGGAUGUAGGUAGCCUGGCAAUCAAUGAAAAGCAAGUAUUCAGUCCAAUACUUAAGAGAUGGCAUCCUUUGGCAGCAGGUCUUGCUGUGGCCACCCUUCAUGCAUGCUAUGGAAACGAAUUGAAGCAGUUCAUAUCAGGUAUCACAGAAUUGACACCUGAUGCUGUUCAAGUGUUGAGAGCUGCUGAUCAGUUGGAGAAAGACCUUGUGCAGAUAGCAGUUGAAGAUUCAGUGGAAAGUGAAGAUGGUGGUAAAGCAAUUAUCCGUGAGAUGCCUCCAUAUGAGGCUGAAGGUGCAAUUGCCAAUCUUGUGAAAAUAUGGAUUAAAACUAGAAUAGACAGACUGAAGGAGUGGGUCGAUAGAAAUCUGCAGCAAGAGGUUUGGAGUCCUCAAGCAAAUCAGGAAGGAUAUGCUCCAUCAGCUGUUGAAGUUUUGCGAAUUAUAAAUGAGACUUUGGAUGCUUUCUUUCAGCUUCCAAUACCGAUGCAUCCUGCAUUGCUUCCUGACGUGAUGAAUGACCUUGACAAAUGCCUUCAGUAUUAUGUCAUCAAAGCAAAAUCUGGCUGCGGAUCACGAAACACAUUUCUUCCAACAAUGCCAGCAUUGACCAGGUGCACUAUUGGGUCAAAGUUUCAGGGCUUUGGGAAAAAAAAGGAUAAAUCUCCAAAUCCUCAGAAGAGAAACCCUCAAGUUGCAACAAAUGGGGAUAGCUCUUCUGGAAUACCACAACUCUGUGUUCGCAUAAAUACUUUGCAAUGGAUACUGGGUGAAUUUGAUGUUCUGGAAAAAAGAAUAAUUACCCUUCUACGGAACUCUCAGUCUGCUCACGUUGAAGAUUUUUCAAAUGGAUUAGCAAAGAAGUUUGAACUAUCUCCAGCUGCGUGUCUUGAAGGAAUUCAGCAACUCUGCGAGGCUGCAGCUUAUAGAAUUGUUUUCCAUGAUCUAAGUCAUGUUUUAUGGGAUGGUUUGUAUGUCGGGGAUUCAGCAUCUUCAAGAAUUGAGCCAUUUCUUCAGGAACUUGAGCGGAAGUUAAUGUUCAUUUCAAAUACUGUUCAUGAAAGAAUUCGCACACGUAUUAUUACUGAAAUAAUGAGAGCUUCCUUUGAUGGAUUCUUGCUUGUAUUGCUUGCUGGAGGUCCCUCACGUGCUUUUACCAGGAAGGAUUCUCAGAUCAUCGAGGAUGAUUUUCAAUUGCUCAAGGAGUUGUUUUGGGCAAAUGGGGAUGGCUUGCCUUCUGAAUUAAUAGACAAGUUUUCAACAACUGCAAGGUCUAUCCUUCCGCUUUUCAGAACUGACACAGAGACCCUCGUUGAGCAGUUUAGACGGUUGACCAUGGAGGCAUAUAAAUCCUCCGCCAGGUCUAAACUUCCAUUACCUCCCACUUCUGGACAGUGGAAUCCAUCAGAACCAAACACAUUGUUACGUGUUUUAUGCUAUAGAAAUGAUGAAACAGCUUCCAAGUUUCUGAAAAAGGCAUACGAUCUACCUAAGAAACUUUAA